GACUUGUCAAACAAGGAACAUCAGCAAGUAUCUUCAAAUACAAAACAUAUACAUGGUUGCAAUGAAAUUCGAAUUACAAUACAAUACAAAUGAGUGUAUAGUAGAAUAUUCGAAGCAAUAACAUCGAAAAGAUGUUCAUCUUGACGAAAAUAGCCGAUCUGGUUCAGAUCAAACCGGACCAGUUCGAAAAGCCCAGUCACAUCGCCAUUGAAGAUGCUAUCAACUCCAAGUACUCAAACAGAGUAAUCCAGAAGAUCGGGCUCUGCAUCUCCAUGUAUGACCUGCUAUGGGCUUCUGAGGGUCUCAUUGGUCAUGGAAGCGGCAUGGUGAAUGUCAAUGUCGAAUUCCGGAUGAUUGUGUUCAGGCCCUUCAAGGGUGAGGUCAUGUUUGGGAGGAUCACCAAGGCUGAUGAAACCGGCAUCACACUCCGCACUGAUUUCUUUGAAGAUAUCUUCGUCCCAUUCAAGGAGCUGCCUGAGAAUACGCUAUACAACCAAAAUGAGAAAGCGUGGACCUGGGUAUUCGAUCCUGACAGCGACCCCAUGUAUUACGAUAACAACGAGAUGGUCCGCUUUCAGGUACAGGAUGAGUCGUGGUAUGAUCAGAGACCCGACAACUCGGACCAGGAAGCCAUGGACAAGGCAAAGAAGUUGUCCCCUUACCACAUCGAUGGAACCAUGAUGAAGGAGGGGCUCGGAGUUUGCUUAUGGUGGGAAUGAUUAUAGGCGUGUCCAUUCGAUUGACUGCAUUUUGCACGGGAUGGCGUUUGGUUGGCAACAGCUACUUGCAUUUAGGUCUAGCUGAUCAGCUACCUAACCUCGUUUACUUAGACUUGAUACCCUCGAGCAAUCGACCCUCUACACCAUCCAAAAUUGAGUAAUGCUCAACUACUGCAAGGUUUUCUGCUUCGGUCUUAAAUUGCUUGUCGGGGUCAACACCAGGUCCGAACAUUUGAGGAUUCUGAGCUCCCAUCCCAGACAUCUGCUGGGCCAUCUGGUUUGCGGCUACCAUAUAA